UCAGAAUCAUAAUAGAGGAAACGAACCUUAAAAAGAGCACGUAAAAUAUAAAGAAGAAACAAUUAUGACGAAGAAAAAAGAAGAUACUGCUAGGGAUGAUGAUGGUGAUGGUGAUGGUAGUAAUAAUGGUGAUAAAGAAGAACAGAAAGUAGCAAUGUACAAGUUAUUUGCAUUCGCAGAUAAAUAUGAUGUUGUUUUAAUGGUGGUUGGUACAAUUUGCGCAAUUGCUAAUGGAUUAGCACAACCUCUUAUGACGUUAAUCUUUGGUCAGCUCAUUAACUCGUUUGGUGCAUCUGAUCGUUUUCAUGUUGUUCAUGCAGUUUCAAAGGUUUGUUUGAACUUCGUAUACUUGGCUAUCGGUACUGGAAUUGCUUCUUUCCUCCAGGUGUCAUGUUGGAUGGUGACUGGAGAAAGACAAGCGGCUCGUAUCCGAGGGCUUUACUUGAAAACUAUUCUCAGGCAGGACAUAACAUUUUUCGAUACUGAAACAACAACUGGUGAAGUUAUUGGAAGAAUGUCUGGAGACACCGUUCUCAUACAAGAUGCACUGGGCGAAAAGGUUGGGAAGUUUAUACAACUGGUCUCGACUUUCAUUGGUGGCUUUGUUGUUGCAUUCACCAGAGGAUGGCUUCUCUCCAUGGUAAUGUUAGCAUGUGUUCCUCUAAUCGUUGGUACUGGUGCUGCCAUGCAUAUAUACAUGUCCAAAUUGUCUAGUCGUGCGCAAAUUGCAUACGCUGAAGCUGGAAAUGUUGUUGAACAAACCGUAGGAUCAAUUCGAACGGUCGUGUCUUUCACAGGGGAAAAUCUAGCCAUUGAAAAGUACAACAGAUUGAUAGCAGUUGCUUAUAAUUCUACUGUAAAACAAGGAUGGAUCUCUGGCUUAGGACUUGGCACAGUCCUUACAGUUGUAUUUUGCAGUUAUAGUUUAGCUGUUUGGUUCGGUUCCAAUAUCAUCAUAAAGAGAGGCUACAAUGGUGGACAAGUCAUCAACGUCAUAAUAGCGAUUAUGACCGGUGGAAUGUCUCUUGGUCAAGCAUUGCCAUCCUUGAAUGCAUUUGCAGCAGGGCAAGCUGCAGCUUACAAGAUGUUUGAGGCUAUCAGAAGAAAACCACUGAUUGAUGCCUACGAUACCAGUGGUACUACGUUAGAAAAUAUGGAGGGCAAUAUUGAAUUAAAGCAAGUGUACUUCAGCUACCCAGCAAGGCCUGAUCACCAAAUAUUUUCUGGUUUUUCAUUUGCUGUUCGAAGUGGAACCACCGCAGCUUUGGUAGGACAAAGCGGAAGCGGAAAAUCAACCGUGAUUAGUUUAGUAGAGAGAUUUUACGACCCCCAAGCUGGAGAAGUUCUUAUUGAUGGCGUGAACUUGAAGAACAUCCAACUGAAAUGGAUAAGGGAGAAAAUUGGGUUAGUAAGCCAAGAACCAAUAUUAUUCACGACCACCAUAAGAGGGAACAUCGCAUAUGGGAAGGAUAAUGCUACUGAUGCAGAGAUAAGGACAGCUAUACAACUUGCAAAUGCUGCAAAUUUUAUCGAUAAGUUGCCUCAGGGACUAGAUACUUUGGUAGGCGAACACGGAACCCAACUUUCAGGUGGACAAAAACAAAGAAUUGCUAUCGCAAGAGCCAUUUUGAAGAACCCAAAGAUACUACUUCUUGAUGAAGCAACUAGUGCGCUAGAUGCAGAAUCUGAAAAAAUAGUUCAAGAUGCCCUAGUAAGAGUCAUGACGAAUCGGACAACUAUAGUAGUUGCACACCGCUUGACAACCAUAAGAAACGCCGAUCUGAUUGCAGUAGUUCACCAAGGAAAAAUAGUAGAGCAAGGUACGCACACAGAGCUAAUCCAGGACCCUGACGGUGCUUACUCGCAGCUCAUACUUUUACAAGAAGGGAAAAGAGAAAGCGAGGUUGCAACAACUUCGAAUCUAGAUGAUGUAAGAAUGUCGAGUUCUGAUGCAGCUAAUAAGUACAUGAACAGGUCUAGCAGUAGAAGACAGUCUACAGGAUUAUCCAGAAGUCAACGUUCUUUAUCUAUUAGCGUUGGUGUUCCUGGUGGCGGAAUUGAACAUAUAAAAGAGGAAAACAAUGAGACGGAGGAAGUGCAGAAUAACUACUCGUUUACCAGGCUGAUGUGGAUGAACAUGCCAGAGUUACCAGUUCUGAUCAUCGGAACAAUUGCUGCUGCCGUUCAUGGUGCGAUCUUUCCAGUUUUUGGACUUCUGCUCUCGUCUGCUAUCAAGAUGUUUUAUGAACCACCGCAUGAACUGCAUAAGGAUUCUGCGCAUUGGUCUUUAAUUUAUGUGGGUUUAGCUGGCGCAGCUUUCAUUUCCAUUCCAUGCCAACUAUACUUUUUCGGAAUUGCUGGUGGUAAACUAAUUCAGCGAAUUCGGUCCAUGUGUUAUGCAAAAGUGAUGCAUCAAGAAAUUAGUUGGUUUGACGAUCCUGCAAAUUCAAGUGGGGCAAUAGGUGCAAGGUUAUCGACGGAUGCUUCCAAUGUGAGGAGUCUCGUAGGGGAUACAUUUGCCUUAAUUGUUCAGAACAUCUCGACGGUCACAGCAGGGCUUAUUAUAGCUUUUACGGCUAAUUGGCUAUUAACAAUGAUUGUCUUAUUUUUCUCGUUCUUUAUAGGGUUACAAUCAUAUUUUCAGAUGAAGUCUGUAAAAGGCUUCAGCGGGAAUGCGAAGGUUAUGUAUGAAGAAGCUAGUCAGAUUGCAAAUGAUGCUGUUGGCAACAUUCGAACCGUCGCAUCAUUUUGUGCAGAACAAAAAAUAAUGGAUCAUUACCAAGAAAAAUGCAAGGGACCCAUGAAAGCAGGAGUUAAGACAGGGGUUGUCAGUGGUGUAGGUUUUGGCAUUUCCUUUGCCGUACUUUACUGUAUCAAUGCACUUGUUUUCUACAUUGGAGCUCGACUUAUCAAAGAUGAGAAAGCAACUUUUGGACAGGUUUUCAAGGUUUUCUUUGCUGUGGUUAUGGCAGCAAUGGGAGUUUCACAAACAAGUGCAAUUUCUCCAGAUUCUAACAAAGCCAAGGAUUCUGCUGCUUCUAUUUUUAAAAUCCUUGAUAGUAAACCUAAGAUCGAUUCAAGCAGCGAUAAGGGGAUAACGCCAGAAAUUAUAAAAUGUGACAUUGAAUUGCAAAACGUCAGCUUCAAGUACCCAACUCGUCCUGAUGUUCAAAUCUUCAGAGAUUUGUGUCUGAGCAUCCCCUCUGGAAAGACUGUAGCACUUGUGGGAGAGAGUGGCAGUGGAAAAUCAACUGUGAUAAGCUUGUUAGAGAGGUUCUAUGAUCCAGAUGCUGGUCGUAUAUUGCUAGAUGGAGUUGAUAUCCAAAAUCUCAAACUAAGUUGGUUAAGGCAGCAAAUGGGUUUAGUGAGCCAGGAACCUGUAUUAUUCAACGAAACAUUACGAACAAAUAUUUCUUAUGGAAAACCAGACGCAUCAGAAAAAGAUAUCAUUGCAGCUACUACAACAGCCAAUGCACAUCAUUUCAUAUCAGCUCUUCCAAGAGGUUACGAUACGUCAGUAGGUGAACGAGGAGUACAAUUAUCUGGUGGUCAAAAACAAAGAAUAGCAAUAGCCAGGGCAAUCUUGAAAGACCCAAAGAUCCUUUUACUUGAUGAAGCAACAAGUGCACUUGAUGCUGAGUCGGAGAGAAUUGUACAGGAAGCGCUGGAUAGGGUAACGGUAAACAGAACGACUGUUGUUGUUGCUCAUCGUCUCUCUACGAUCAAAGGUGCUGAUAUAAUUGCGGUCGUUAAGAACGGAUCUAUAGCUGAAAAUGGUAAACACGAGGACCUUAUAAGAAUGAACGGAGGAGCAUAUGCAUCUCUUGUUGCACUUCAUAUGAGUUCUUCGUAACAUCUUUUUUUUUUUAGUUUCUAUAGUUGUGGCGUUGUGGCUCAAUUUUACAUAGCCUUCCAAUGAGUAAAAAUUUGAAAUAUAG